AUGACCACCGUUAUUCCUCAUAUGGACUUUGAUGUCGUGAGCCCGCGACUCAGUGCUGAUUUCAAGUUGGUGCUGCUUGGGGAGUCCUCUGUGGGAAAAUCAUCAAUAAUACAACGCGUACAAAAUGGCACGUUUGACGAUACAAAGGCGUCCACUGUUGGUGCCGCUUUUGUGUCCAAAAAGGUCAGCAAAGACAAUGGCGACAAGAUGGUCAAUUUGCAGAUUUGGGAUACCGCUGGACAGGAGAGGUUUCACAAUCUCACACCGCUAUACUACAGAAACUCAAAUAUGGCAUUUAUUGUGUUUGAUAUGACUAGUAUAGAUAGUUUCAGGAAGGCUGAAUACUGGAUAAAAGAGUUGGAAACUUACAAGAGCGACAACAACUCCUCUCUCAAGCUUGUCCUUGUGGGCAACAAAUGUGAUCUUGUGAGUGGAGAAUUGCAAAGGAGAAUAUUGGCUUGA